UGUCCUUUCACUUCAAAUUGUCACUAGGGUUUUCUCUCUACUCCAAUUUUCCCUAAACCCUAAACACUCAAUGCAAAAAUUUUCUUUUUUGUUUUGCUUCACUCUUAUCUCGGCUCUCUCUGUUUUUUUUUUUUUUUUUGAACUUCUCGGUUGCGUGGAUUGCAACUUGAACCAUGGAAGAAGAAGAUGAUUUGUAUAUACCUGUGGCAAAGCGGAGAGCGAUGGCAGCGCAGAGGAUUCUUCACCGGAAGGGGAAUGCCUCCGGGCUUGAAGAGGAAUCGGAGAAAGCCAAGGCUGAUGAAGUGAAGCCUAGUCUUCUUGUGAAAGCUUCACAGUUAAAACGUGAUGCUCCUGAGAUUACUCAAGCCGAGCAGCUAGUGCAGCAAGAGAAAGAGAUGAUUGAGCAUUUGUCUGAUCGCAAGACCCUCAUGUCGGUUCGUGAGUUGGCUAAGGGAAUCACUUAUACGGACCCUUUGCCCACAGGUUGGAAGCCCCCAUUGCAGAUUAGAAGGAUGCCGACAAAGCACUGUGAUUUGAUUCGAAAGCAGUGGCACAUCAUAGUUAAUGGCGAAGAUAUUCCACCGCCUAUUAAGAAUUUCAAGGAUAUGAGAUUUCCUGAACCGAUUUUGAAGAUGUUGAAAACCAAGGGGAUUGUUCAACCGACGCCCAUUCAGGUGCAAGGUCUUCCGGUGAUUUUGUCAGGGAGGGAUAUGAUUGGUAUUGCAUUUACGGGUUCAGGAAAGACGUUGGUUUUUGUGUUGCCAUUGAUUAUGAUGGCAAUGCAGGAGGAGAUUAUGAUGCCAAUUGUUCCAGGAGAAGGGCCUUUUGGAUUGAUUAUUUGUCCAUCCAGGGAGCUUGCAAGGCAGACUUAUGAAGUAGUGGAACAAUUUCUGGCUCCUAUGAGAGAGGCUGGGUAUCCAGAGAUAAGGCCUUUGUUAUGCAUUGGUGGAGUGGAAAUGAAGUCGCAGUUGGAUAUUGUGCGCAAAGGUGUUCAUAUAGUUGUUGCUACUCCCGGGAGGUUAAAGGAUAUGCUGGCAAAGAAAAAAAUGAACCUUGAUAAUUGCAGAUAUCUAACUUUAGAUGAGGCUGAUAGAUUGGUAGAUUUGGGAUUUGAAGAUGACAUAAGAGAAGUUUUUGACCAUUUCAAAGCUCAACGACAGACACUCUUAUUUUCAGCCACCAUGCCUGCAAAAAUUCAGAACUUUGCUAGAAGUGCUUUGGUUAAGCCUGUCACUGUCAAUGUUGGACGAGCUGGAGCAGCAAAUCUUGAUGUGAUUCAGGAGGUUGAGUAUGUGAAGCAAGAAGCCAAGAUUGUUUACCUUCUCGAAUGUCUACAAAAAACCCCACCUCCAGUUCUGAUAUUCUGUGAAAAUAAAGCUGAUGUCGAUGAUAUUCAUGAAUAUCUUCUGUUAAAAGGAGUGGAAGCAGUGGCCAUUCAUGGAGGGAAGGAUCAGGAAGAGAGAGAGUAUGCCAUUUCUUCCUUCAAGGCAGGGAAGAAAGAUGUCUUAGUGGCAACUGAUGUUGCCUCAAAAGGUUUGGAUUUUCCUGAUAUUCAACAUGUCAUUAACUAUGACAUGCCAGCAGAAAUCGAAAACUAUGUUCACAGGAUUGGACGAACAGGAAGAUGUGGCAAGACUGGAAUAGCAACAACAUUUAUAAACAAGAACCAGAGUGAGACUACACUUCUAGAUUUGAAGCACCUAUUGCAAGAGGCAAAACAGAGGAUUCCACCUGUUUUGGCUGAGCUUAAUGAUCCAAUGGAAGAUGUUGAAGAUAUUACUGAUGCAAGUGGAGUUAAAGGUUGUGCCUAUUGUGGUGGGCUUGGUCAUCGUAUCCGUGAUUGCCCAAAACUAGAGCAGCAGAAAAGCAUGGCAAUUUCCUCCUCUAGAAGAGAUUAUUAUGGUUCUGGUGGUUACAGAGGAGAAAUAUGAUAUCUUACAUAUGGGCCUGUACUGUAGUUGAAAAAUGGAAAACUGAUUUUGGGGACUGUUUUGUUUAUUAAUACAUGAAUUUCAGUUUGGAGCUUUUCUGCA